UGGUGUCUAUUUAAGUAUAUUUUAGUAACUUCAGAUUUCUUCCUUGCUUCUCGCUUGCUUCAUUUGACCGGGCUUGGCAAGUCUGGAGAGAAUAGAACGGUUUGGCCUCUUCAACUCAAUUUUUUAAAUCUCCAAUUCAAGUAACCCUGUUAAGUAGGGAGCCCUGGGCACUUGAAUAAUGGAAAGUGCUAGUGUCGCUGGGCUAGUGACAGGGCUGCCGUGACAUUUGGUGACUGUCCGUUUCACAGAAAGAAGCAGAAGCUGGCUUGCCCCGAAUGAGAAUGUGGUCUCUAGGAGGUAAGAUGGGCAGCAAUGAAUCAUAACCCAAGGAUGAGAGGAAGUUCUAAAUAUACAGAGGCCCAGGAGAAAAUCUCCAAAAGAAAAAAGGAUCUCAUGUGACCGCACCGGGUGAACGAAAGCUCCCAUUUUGGAGGGAGGAUUUUUUAUUGGUCAGCCACAAAGGAGGGUGGGAAAAAGAAAAGACUCCAGGCCUUUCACUCCAUAGAAGAGGAAGUUAGUUUCCCGAUUGACAUGGACAAUGCAGGGGAAUAAGAAAUGCUCCGAUGGACUGAGCGACUCUUCGAGCAUUGGGAGCGUCUUGGAUGAUGCAGAUCGAGAGGUGAGCAGUCUUACAGACCGGGCAUUCAGGAGCUUGUGUAUUGCUGAAGAGGCAUCCUUCAACGACUCCAAUCUCGUCAUCUCGCCAGAUAUCUCUCGCCAGUUCUUUGGGAAAUUUCACCAGGGAACCGUAAGCCAUGUGCUCAAGAAAAGCAACCUCUGUAACAGAUUACCAUCCCAAGGGAAUGAACGCGCGACCUGGGCCUCAACAUUCCAACGGUUACCGAAAUACGUUCAAGGGGAGGAGAGAUAUCCCAAGGGUGGUACCCCGCCACUGCCCCCGCCAGCAAGGAAAGCACUGGAGGUGCCAGUGUCAGGGUUGAGGAGCAGCAAACCCAUCUCCAAGGUAUCGUCACUGAUUAAGACUUUUGACAGGACAGAAAGCCAGCGCCCCAACAAUUCAUCCCCAGCCCAUAAGCAGGCUGUCCAGAGAAGCUCUCCAAAAUGCUCCCUUCGCCCCGGGAGUGGAGUUAAUUUCUGCUUCGAUUCAGCAUUUCUAACGGUCAGGAAGGUGCCUGCCGAACUGUCAGACCCAAGCCAAACUAAACGCUGGCCUGGUGCCAAGCAGGCGCCGGAAGAUUCGUCCGAACAUUCGGAUCUGGCAUAUGACCGCGACGGCCUCAGUCCCGACCCGCCGGAACCCACCGAUUCAUUUCAGGCGAGUCUCGGCCACCCUCCUCAAAAGCCUAGCAGGGGUAAGACGGGCAAGGGUAAAGAAUGGGCAAGCCAAGGGAGCUUCCUUCACAGUGAAAACAGCGCAUUCGAGUCAUGGAAUACGCAUAGUCAGAAGAUGCUCGAGAGGCAGGAGGUUACCGAAGUUCCACCCGAAACCAAGGUCCUCCUUCAUUACGAUGACAUGCCGUUAUUCAGAGAGCCCCAUACAUCUGAAUGUAAAACGUCGCCCAGCCACACCAGGGUGGCCUUAAAUGAGGAAGAGAGCAUUCAGGGAGAGGUCGUUCCUUGCUCCUCCGGGUCCCAAGUCACUUCCGAUCCAUCGGCCUCUGAAUUCCCGGGCCUUGCCAGGAAAGAAAAGCCUUCUCAUUCAGAACCCAACUCUGAGAUGGUGAGCACCCAAGCCCCGUGGCGGAGACCAAAAAAUGGCAGGAGGGGAAAGGAGAUGAGACGGGAAGGAGCAAACGAAAUGAAAAAGAUCAAUGGACAAGGCUCUUCUUUAAAUAAAAGUCCGGAUGCCGUAGAGCCGCAUAAUGAAAAUGAUGCAGUAAGAGAACGGGUGAACUCAGUGGAUGCCAGUGAAGCUUAUGGCCCUCCUUUUAACAUCAGUAAGCUACUGACUCCCAUCCUACCUACCAAACAGGUCAUAAAUUCUUUGGAAAAUCAAUCGGCUCGGAUAACCCCCCCACUCCCAGAAAAGGCACCAGAAGGUAGAGAACAGGAGGGGCGGGGGUUUAGUGAUUAUCAAUCUCGAGACAGUUACAAGUCCAAAGUGCCUAGUUUGCUAUUCAACCUCAAGGAUGUUCGAAAACGUGUAAAGAGCACUUACAGUCCUUUGCCUCUCUUAAAAAGUCUCGAUGAGAAAAUCAAAGGCCGGGAUUAUGUCAAACAAGAGACUGUCAGCAAUGGAAUCUUCAACCUGAUUGAAGAAAGCCCACAGGACAUGUCUACUAAGGAUAAUCCACAACUCUUCCCCUCUUUGCCUUAUGAGAAUAAUGAGGAGGAGAGUAAAAAAUACAUAAACGGACAAUGCAUGGAUAAUUAUCUGUCUCUAAGUUCACCUCCGAUCUUAACAGAACCUCCCUUCUACAUCAAUGGAGAGGGUCCAGAACAAAGCAAUUCCAAGGCUGAAGAUCUCGUUAGAGAACCCGAGGGCAGUAAAAUGAUUCCGGGCUUAGGGCACCAGUUAAAUGAACCCAAUUUUAAGAAGGGUCAGCAUUUGCCCUCACUGAAACUUUAUGGUACAGACGCCGCAGAUAGCAGUGAAAAUCAAUUGAGUAAUCACUGCCCUGAAAACUUAAUGCCAAGAUCCAUCUCACAAGAAAAUCAACAAGAGAGAGAAGCUGGAAAUCAGAAAGCAAAUCUCAGCCAGAAAAUAUCACCGGUUCCACUGUCCCCAGAGGAAGAAGAUGUAUUUUAUAGUGAUAGCCAAUCCGAUUUUUUCCCAAGCCUCAAAAACAAAGCUAUAAUUAGCACCAGCUCAUCUGACCAAUCAUUCGCCUCCUUUGAGGACCUACAGUCUCCGAGAGAGCCGUGGCAGAAAGCAAGGUUUCCAGAAAGUCAAAGGGAAGAGGGGCAGAGUGGCCUGGAUGAGAGGCAAAAGAGAGAGAAGAAAGAGAACACAGAGAGAGAAGAGGAGUUGCGAUACUCUGCUCUGGUCAAUGGUGACACCAUCAGAGAAGAGGGAGACGAAGAGAGCAUGAUGCAGAGGGAAAGAAAGAGAGAUAUACAGAUGAAUGACCCUAAAGAACUCGACUGCCAGGAGACUUGGUCAGGUGGAAAUACAGCUGUCCUCCUUCCCCUUAAAGAAGAUCUCCAGUUAUCACCUUCCUCCAGUUCCCACAAACACAUUGUGUUUACAAUUAAAGAUAACACCUUCAAGUCAACUCCUGUGAUCAAGCCCAUCUUGUUGCCCUUGCUGAGAACUCAGUCGUCUGAAGAGGCGUCAAACAGUGGUAAGAGAGAAACCACCAGGGCAAUGGCGGAGUGGGCAGAGAUGGGAAACCAGGUUUACCAGGAGGCCCAAGACACACCCGAUCGUCAACAACAGGGCCAGGCCUCUGGGUCAACCGUGGAACCCUCGGAGGCAAGUAAAGGAGCCUUCGGGGCUACAAACCACGGUAGGCAGAUCUCAUCCAGAGUGGGGCGUUCUCUUCCUGGAACAGGAGUUAUCCCUUCAGAAGAUGAGGGUGACUUGCCAGGUGAUGUGCUGAUGAAGGAUGGUGCAUCGAGAAAGGUACCAAAGUGCACUGUGGGAAGCCACCGGGAGAGCAAGCCAAGAAACAAAGAGAAAGUAAAACCAGCCAUUGUUUUAUCAAGUGUGGAUCCUGAGGGACACCUCUCCCCCAACCAAGCCCUCGCCCAUUUGGAAGAACAGACAGAGGGUUUUAAAGGUCACUUAUUAUCGGCUUCUAGGACAGGGUCCUCGGUGAGACACAUAAGCCCAGAAGAGAUGAUGAGCUCUCCUACGGCAAAUUCUCUAGUAGGGAGCAGUAGGUAUUCUCCUGCCACCAGCGCGAUUCUGGAGGAGUGCUCUGACGAUCGGGAUACCUUGCAGGGGAAUUUUGCCUGCUCAACAGUAACAAGCCCACUGUCAGGCCUAGACACGCACCUAACCGGCCCGGUACCAGAAACAAAGUCAAGUACUAAGAUGAGAAGGAGGGAGGAUGGUGUAUGUCUACCGAGGUGGAAUAUGGGAUGUAACCCUCUCGAUCCAUAUUCUGAAGGGCGGAUGGACUCCUCCCAGAGAGGGUUGCUUUCUGAGCACAUUGCCAACUCAACAUCUCCCUGCGAGAAGUCACCACCCACCGGGCAUGUGGAAAGGUCAGCAGGGAAGCCACCCGCUGUCCCACCCAAGACUGAAAAGGCCCUCCGCCGGGCCAAGAAACUCGCAAACAAGAGGAGAACGACUGACCCGCAACAAGAAAAGCACGCUGACGUACAGGAGGAAAAACCCCAAGCAGAUGAACCAGGUACGACGUGGGGAAGGCCUCUGUCUCCCAGUGAGAUUUCUCUAGUCACCUUCCCUACUGUCCACUCCCUUCCACCUUCCACACACCGCCACUCUGUCGCCACCUUCCCUGAGCCCAUAUGGAGGAGGCAACGGAUCAUCCAGUCGGUCACCCCGGUGCCCUCCUACCCGGCAACUCAGCGGAAGCUCCUCCAGGACCCCCACUCCGGAGAAUACUUUGUCUUCGAUCUACCCGUUCAAGUACAAAUUAAGACUUUUUACGAUCCAGAGACAGGCAAGUACGUCAAAGUCUCCAUCCCUUCCUCUGAGAAAGACACGCUUGACCCAGCCUCUCCAGAAGUUUUCAAUUCACCUCACGUGGUAUACCCUGGCUUCCAGCCUCUAUCGGUGACUUCUUUAGCCCCUCUGAGGUCCGCUUCUGAACUCUCCACUCCUAUUUUUAGGCAGAAUGCUCAGACAAUGGAACCGACCGAGAAGAGGUAUCCAAGCCCGGGGGAUUCAAGACACCUAGGCGCAUCUGGGGGUGUCGCGCAAAGUCACCCCACUGACGAGAUGCCCCAGAGCUCAGAAACCACAGCACAUGAAGCCACAAGUCUGGAUGUUACUUCUACGAAUGAUUUAGAGGACCUUGCUGCAGAAGGGAUCUCUUGAAAAAUCAAAAUGACUAAAGUCAAGAACACCCUUCCCCUCCUAGAACUAUUUCCUUUUUACAGAUGUUCAGAGAGCUCCGCAAAUGUUCACCUGAGACCUGUCAAUCAAUCAAUCCUAUUUAUUCAGCACUUCCUGUGCUUAGAGCACUGUAUUAAGAGCUUGGGAGAGUACAGUAUGAAAGAGAUGUAGAAAGUAGAUAUGUUCCCUGCCCACAAGGAGCUUCCAGUCCAUCGCCAAGGAUGGCCCUCGGGUUUCUGAGAGAAAUGAAACCAAAGGAUUCUAUCUCUCCGGGCAGGGGAGGUAAGAAGGUGAACAGAUUCCCCGUCCAAUUCUGGAAGUUCAUUUUGGUUUGGGUGAAUGAAAAAUGGCCCAUCUGUGGGAAAGGCAGUGGACCCAUAAAAGAACCCUUAUCCCUCCUCUCCUUCCCAUCUCUCUCCUCACCGGCUGUGAUCAUUGCUGCUUCCACCGACGCACUGAGGAUUUCCUCUCCAGGAAGCCAUUUUGCUCGAGAUUGAGGUGGCCAAGGGUGACAACCGGCUCCCUGUUAAAACUGUUGUAUUUAGAACCAUCCCAACUCCCUCUUCCGCUGAUAGUAAGCUUCCUGGGAUGGCAAAGGCACUUGGCUGGAAUACUCUAAUUGAGUUUGGAUUCAAACACCCCAGUAAACCCAAAAGACUUGCAGGCACUGGUGUACACUGAAAAGAACCCAGAUUUUCCUAUGAACUCUAUUACUGUAUACUGGAUAUACAGUAAAAGCACAGCCUUCAUCACAAGAUGAGAUAAAGAUACAGCAACAGUUUUCCAGAUAUCUGGUGCAGGUUUCACUCAAAAUCCACCUAGAUAGUACUAGAAAACUGACAUUGGCCACAUCAUCUCAGGAUGAAUCUUAGCUGGGCAAAUCCUCCCUGCAAGAGAGAAACCCAACAGAAUUCUGUUCAAGUGCUUAUUUGGUUAGACAGGGUUUGCUUUUCUCGAGGAAACUUUCUUCAACAAGCCACGCUCCGAUACGAGGAAGGAGCUAACUUUUCAAAGUGAAGAGAGUUUGCAGGUGGUUUUCGGUCUUUGGACCGGUACCGUUCUCUAGGAAAAGGGGUGAAAUAAAAUCGCCAUUUUCAAAUGUUCAAAAGGAAAUGUUCCCAUAAUACCUACAGUCACCCUAUGUAAAAUGUCUGCCAUCUUUGCCUUGUACCUUUCAUCUGACUGUAUAAACAGUAUUCCAUGCUAUGCAUGGCACAAUUAUAAUUGAGCAGCUCAGCUUAGAAGCAUCUCAGGUAUACAACCCAGUGCAGGUAUUCACUUUACAGAGUUUGAUUCACACCACGGUGGCUAUUGACCUGCAACCAAGAUGAGCUUGACUUGUUUUGAGGUCACCUGCAGUUAGGCCUUGAUUUCAAUCCCAAAGAUGAAGAUUUGGACAACCUUGGGUUGUGGGGUUUAUUGGUUAGUUCCCGAAUCAAAUAGUGUAAAAAAAAGUGUGUGAUUAGGCACCUGCACCUUGAAGGCUAUGAUGACUUUUGCACUGUAUGAAAUAAUAAUGUUCUGGACACAAAGGACUGUAGUCUGUGACUCUUUCCUUUUUGCCAAGACACCCUAAUGCAUGUGACAUGGAAAACCCUAUGCUUUUUGUAGUUCUGUGUGUCACCUGGAAAACAUACCAUCGGCUGCCAGUCACUUCCUUUUCUGUUCUUAUAGGUGAAAUUUUUUGACUGUAGCAUGAGGUGCUUUCUAGUUCUGGCCCCGGAUGACCUACUUUGCGUAGAGACUUGGACUAAUAGAAUACAUAUACAAAAACCAGUAGUUAGCAGAAGACAAAAUGGUUUCUUGAGAGCUUUUUGAUCUGCUCUCUUAGAAUUGUUUUCUCAAUCAUUCUGAGAUGUUUGUUGCCAUAAGCAAUGGCUCUUGAUAUCUAUAGUUUCUCUAAAGGUGAAAUGUACCUUUUUUAAAAAAAUUGCAAACUCUUGUUUCCAAAAUGCUUCCAAACUUUUGACUGUUUUUAUCUGUUUGCCUGGGUCCUCCUAGUUUCAAGAAAGCCCACAUCAAUUGGAUGGGAGAGUUCUUGACCUACGGAGGUCUUUUCCUAUGAAACAGGUGGAUGGCCAAGCCCUGAUAAAUUUGUUCCAGGAUCAUCCACAAUUCAGGAUGCAAUUUGAAAUUCCAACCUUUGAUAUUUGCCCAACUCAAUGGAACCAGAUAGCUGCACAUUCAGAAUGUCCCCCUGUCAAAGCACAUACUUUCUUUAGCAGUUUCCAAUUUAGAAUGCAAAAUUCUUGCUAAUUAGCAUGCCAGCAAUAUGCUUUCCUAACAACUGGGUCUAAUGGACUACAGAAUAACAAUGUGGAAAAGAAGAGCACAAUGGGAAAUUAUUACUGAAUGCAGUUUUGCUUCCCAACAUCAGUUGUAGUCCAGACCUUCCAACCUGAAUUCUCAGGUUGGGCCUGGUGAUCCUUUUAAAAAUGCAUUCAAAAUACACUGCAAAUCUGAAUGUUUUGUGGUGACAGUAAUGGGGCCUAGAAAACUGACUCUAGAGAGAGGACUAUGUACUGGAGUACUGGUUUUCUGCUCAUUUAAUAUGUACUACUCACGGUUUUCCUCUCAGAUGGCCAAUUUGGUAUCCAACAACAGAACUACACCUGUCUGGCUCUGAAAUGAUCCCAGGGAAGUAGAGAACGGUCCUAGGAGAUUCUCUGGGUAUUUCGAUGGAGUUUUAUAGAUAACGUUCUUCUGGAGACAUAAACAUUGUGAACCCUAAAUCUCAGCAAUGGAAUGUGACCUUGGGCAAGUCACUUCACUCCUCUGUGCCUUAGUUACCACAUCUGUAAAAUGGGGAUUAAGAUUGU